AUGAUUCAUUUUGACAGCGGCGCGCAACGGUCACUCAACAAAACGAAAAUCGAAAAAACCGACGAAACACGGAAACACGGAUUCGAUUCACUCGUUUCGUUUGGCUGAACUCAACCGAAUCCGCGGUCCGAAUCGGAAUCCUCUGCAAUGUGCGCGCCAAUCGCCAAAACAAUCACCCAGUGAAUUUUGGGUCUUGCUGAAUAAUUUCGAUCCGCCGCCGUCGCACACUCCCAUAAGCAACCGCACCGCACGCACACACACACACACACACAUACGUAUAGUAGAAAAAAAAAAGUUGCAAUAAAAAUAUCAAAUGAAAACAUCGCGCUCGUGGGAAAAUCGAUAUUCCUUUAACCAAAUUGUUAACAUUCGCUGUCAUUCGGGGUUUUCCAAUCGCUAAUAAACAAUUUUUUUUUUGUCUGUGCAAAGUACGCUGAAAGAGCGAGAAAGAGCGGCGUAAACCGGUGAUGAAGGAGAGGUCGAGAGAAAAUUAGCAAGUUUAUAAAUAUAUAUUCCAACAAAAAAAUUGCAAAUAUUAAUGAACAAGACAAGAUCAGCAACAGCAACAACAAAAACAAAAAGCCCAGCAACAAGAAAUUCAAAUACGAAAAUAAACCAAACAAAUCGGCGGGAGCAAAAGAAAGAGAGUGAGGAAGAGCUAUUGAGUAAAAGACGGGAGAGGCGCCAAAAGAAAAGUGUAUAAUUUUCGCGGCACACCCAGAAACGCGGAAAACUCCCGCCCACCACCGCCACGCCCCCGGCCUUCUGCCACACCAAUAACAAUAACAGCAACCUGCAGCUAAAAGUAAUCCGAAGAGAAAAAUAAACAGACAGAUAGAAUAAGAAACCCAAACAUUUGGACACUUACUCUUCUUCUUCCCACUCCGUUUUGGCAUGGAAAACAUGAAAUGUCUGACCAGGAAACAGAGCUGAGAGUCUUAAAUGCAAGCAAGCCAGCGGCUGGAACCAAGGCCAAGUUAACCAACAGCUGAAGAGGAAGGGAGGAGCAGACGCCACCGCUCGCCCAGGAGCUGAAGAGGAUUCGGAGCACAGCUUAUCGAGCCGGGGUGCCUGUGCCAGUGCCAGUGCCUGUGCCCGCUCAGUAGUCCGCUCAAUCGCAGAGAUUUAAGCACAAACAACUUACAGAAACUAUACAACUGCAACUGACUCAUUCACAGUUUGGGUCGGAGAACGAACGAACGAACGAACAAACAAACAAACAAACAAACAAAAUAAGGCAUAUACUUGAAAGGAUUACGGAUAACCAAUUACGAAGGAUACGCCGCAGCACAAGUCUACUUAAGGCAGGAGGGCUAUAGCCAUUUAAGAUACGAUAUUUUACUCUACCACACCAUACACCAUACACCAUACACCAUACACCAUACACCAUACACCAUACACCACACACCACACACCGCACACAUCGCGCAAACCAAGAUGAACUCCACCACAAAGCAUCUGCUGCACUGCAUACUGCUCAUCACUGUGAUAGUCACCUUCGAAGUAUUCUCCGGCGGUAUUAAGAUUGACGAGAACUCGUUUACGCUCGUGGAUCCAUGGACUGCAUACGGCCAAGUGGCCACGGUUCUGCUGUACUUACUGCGCUUUCUCACGCUCCUCACGCUGCCCCAGGUGUUGUUCAACUUUUGCGGCCUGGUCUUUUACAAUGCCUUCCCCGAGAAGGUCGUACUCAAGGGCAGUCCCCUGCUGGCGCCCUUCAUCUGCAUCCGUGUGGUCACGCGCGGCGAUUUCCCGGACCUGGUGAAGACGAAUGUCUUGCGGAACAUGAACACCUGCCUGGACACCGGACUGGAGAACUUCCUCAUCGAAGUGGUCACGGACAAGGCGGUGAAUUUGGCGCAACAUCGCCGCAUCCGUGAGAUUGUGGUGCCCAAGGAGUACAAGACGCGAACGGGGGCGCUCUUCAAGUCGCGGGCACUGCAAUAUUGCCUGGAGGACAAUGUCAAUCUGCUGAACGACAGCGAUUGGGUUGUCCACCUGGACGAGGAGACGCUGGUAACGGAGAACUCAGUGCGAGGCAUCAUUAACUUUGUGCUGGAUGGCAAGCAUCCGUUUGGCCAAGGACUGAUCACCUAUGCCAACGAGAACGUGGUCAACUGGCUGACCACGCUGGCGGACAGCUUUCGCGUCUCCGAUGACAUGGGCAAGCUGCGGCUGCAGUUUAAGCUCUUCCACAAGCCGCUGUUCAGCUGGAAGGGCAGCUAUGUGGUCACCCAGGUGGGUGCUGAGCGUUCGGUGUCCUUUGACAACGGAAUCGAUGGCUCGGUGGCCGAGGACUGCUUCUUCGCGAUGCGGGCCUUCAGCCAGGGAUACACGUUCGACUUCAUCGAGGGCGAGAUGUACGAGAAGUCGCCGUUCACGCUGCUCGACUUCCUGCAGCAGCGGAAGCGAUGGCUGCAGGGCAUCCUGCUGGUGGUGCACUCCAAGAUGAUACCCUUCAAGCACAAGCUACUGUUGGGCAUCAGUGUCUACUCGUGGGUCACCAUGCCGUUGUCCACGUCGAACAUCAUCUUUGCGGCACUGUAUCCCAUUCCCUGCCCGAAUCUGGUGGACUUUGUGUGCGCCUUCAUUGCGGCCAUUAACAUCUAUAUGUACGUGUUCGGCGUAAUCAAGUCCUUUUCGCUAUACCGCUUCGGAUUGCUCCGAUUCCUGGCCUGCGUGCUGGGUGCGGUGUGCACGAUACCCGUGAAUGUGGUCAUCGAGAAUGUGGCCGUCAUUUGGGGUCUGGUGGGCAAGAAGCACAAGUUCUAUGUGGUGCAGAAGGAUGUGCGCGUGCUGGAGACUGUCUAGGAUAUUGUGGAACUGGAGAAGUGGAGAGGGAGUCAUCAAGUAGCCAUGGCCAUCAUAUCGCCCUAAGCCAUCCUUUAAACACCCAUAAAAACCAAAUGAAACAAAGCUUAAAACGAAAGAAAUGUCGCACAAUUUGGCCAGGUUCAGUGUGUUGUCCUGUCACUAUCUGAUUGAUUUACUUUAUUUGUACAUUUUCUAAGCAUAAGACUACUCACCCACACACACCACCCACUCACACACACACACACACACAACACAAACCUGCACAGCACACAACCGCACACACGCAUACAAUUGUUGUUUCGUUCUAAAAAUCAUGAUCAUUCAUAAUACCUAUUGCCAAAAAUGAAGGAAAUAAAUCAGAGAAUAGAAGGUUAUUAUAACGCAAAGGAACAAAUGUUACAAUGUCUUGAAACGAAAUCGUUGAAAGUGCACCACUCACCGGCAGCAACAAAAACAACAGCAAUUUGGGGAAUUAUACCGAUCCAAGAAGCACACACCACAAAAACUCUCCAUUAAGUGUAAUUUCAUUAUAAAUAUAUAUUUUUUUGUAUAGUCUGUAGUGAAAAAAAUGCGCUAUAUUUAUAUAAAUAUAAAUAUUGUAUGUAUAUUGUGUAGAUUUAUUAUUAUGAUUACGAUUAUUUAAAAAAUGUACAUUAAUGUAUUGUAAAUUGAUAAUCUGUUAAUUGUCAUUCACACCGAAACCAAGGAUAAAAAAGCGAAGCAAACUUGAAUGUUUAGACUUAUGUACUUACAUGUGCAAUUAUCGAUGUACUUUGUGUAAUAUGUAAAUAUGUCAUUCACUCCAGGACUUAUACCCGUAAGCCCAGAGGAUAAGGAUCGGAAUUUGUUCCGUAAUGUUUGGGAAGUUGUCCGUUCCGUUCACUGCAGGAAAAUCGAUUGUGGUGUGAAUGAUAUGAUCGUGAUUAAUGAAAGAGGUCCUGGAUCAUUUUCAUCUCAGGGCCCCCGUCGAAUUUCUCUGAUCUUCUUUUAUUUCGUAGUACUCUGUUUUUAGUUGUCAGUUAUCUUCUGUUUGUUUUUUUCUUUUCGUCAUUCUGUUUAACUGUUAUCGGUGCUUUGAGUCUCACGCCCAAAAACUCACAAUUUCCAAAAAUAUGGAACACGUGCAUUGCAAUCACCUCGUAAAUCCCAAAAGAGCGCAAAAAAAAAAGGAUGUCGCACACACACACAAACACCACACUCACACACACACACAUUAAACUGUUAUGAAAAAAGAACCAAAUACAAAAACAAUAAUAAAAUGUCAAAAAUAUAA